GCCCCAAUUCCCAUUUGGAUUCAUCAUGGGUGGCACCACUACUGACCCCAAGAUGGCUCUGGCCCUUCUUGGGAGCAUCAUCUGGGUUCUUCUCCCUGGUACCACCUGCAAUGCUGAAUUCACCCCUGCUGACAACUACCUCAUCAACUGCGGCUCCACGUCCGAUGCCACAGUCGGCCAAAGAGUCUUCGUGGCCGACAAUUCCGGCUCAACAAUACUGACAUCUGAGCAGAGCAUCGCCGCAAGCGGCUGGACCCCAGGUUCCGACGGUGCCACGCUGUAUCAGACUGCAAGGAUAUUCAGCGUGCCAUCGUCCUACUCCUUCAGGAUGAAGAGCCGCGGCCGGCAUUUUGUCAGGCUACACUUCUUCGGUUUCAGAUACCAGAGCUACGAUCUCGCUGCGGCCAAGUUCAAGGUGUCGACGCAGGAUACUGUCCUGCUCGACAACUUCACUCCGCCGAGCGGUAACUCGCCGAGCAUCAGGGAAUACUCGCUGGAUAUCACUGAGGAUAUGCUGAUCCUCACAUUUGUGCCACUGGGGAGCAACGCGUCUUUCGUCAACGCCAUUGAGGUCAUAUCGGUUCCUGAUGAUCUGAUAGGUGAUUCAGCGCAAACCGUGAAUCCUUCAGGCCAGUAUCUCGGCCUCGCGGCACAGCCAUUUCAGACGUUCCACAGGAUUAAUGUGGGUGGAGGCAAGGUGACCGCUGACAACGACACUCUCUGGCGUUCUUGGGAUACUGACCAGGGCUUUUUCCUCAAUUCCACAGCCACUCAGCUGGUUACUUCCCAGGCGAAGUUGAAUUACCAGAAAGGAACAGCCACCGAGGAGGAUGCACCGGACAGCGUGUACAACACCGCAAGGCAGUUGGUUGCGCAGAAUAGAAGCAGCUCUGCAUCCAACAUGACAUGGCAAUUCGAUGUCGAUGCACGUUCGAGCUAUCUGGUCAGGUUCCACUUCUGCGACAUAGUGAGCAAGGCAACGUAUUCCCUCUACUUCGAUGUCUAUGUGGACGGCUGGUCAGCGACCCAGGAUCUUGAUCUCUCGGAUAAAGGCUUUGGUGCCUUGGCUGUGCCAUACUACACGGAUUUUGUCUUGAAAUCAAGUGAUCCUUCUGGUAAGCUAAGUGUCAGCGUUGGGCCUUCCAGCUUGCCUAAUGUGACGCUAGAUGCCAUCUUGAACGGGCUGGAGAUCAUGAAGAUGAACAUCAGCACUGGAACUGUUGAGGUUGUGAAGCCAACAACGCCAAAGAGCAAAUUGCCUAUCAUAUUGGGCACUGUCCUUGGAUGUGUUGGUGCUGCUAUGGUUGUUGCUAUCCUCUGCUGUGUCCUGAGAAGAAAGAGGAACACGAAGAAGAAGCCACGGCCAGCACCGACAAGUCGACCUUCAAGUGUUUGGUCACCACUCAACCUCAACGGUCUUAGCUUCCUCAGCGUAGGCACCCGGACAACCAGCCGGACCACUCUUACAUCUGGGACUAGCAGUGACGCGAGCUACCGAAUCCCGUUCGCCUUGCUGCAAGCAGCGACAAGUAACUUUGAUGAGCAGAUGGUCAUCGGAGUCGGCGGCUUUGGGAAGGUAUACAGGGCAGUUCUGCAGGACAGCACCAAAGUCGCGGUGAAGCGGGGGAACCACAAGUCCCACCAAGGGAUCAAGGAGUUCCAGACGGAGAUCGAACUGCUGUCGGGGCUGCGGCACCGUCACUUGGUGUCACUCAUCGGGUACUGCGACGAGCAGAGCGAGAUGAUCUUGGUGUAUGAGUACAUGGAGAAGGGCACCCUGAAGGGCCACCUGUACGGCAGCGACAUGCCUUCUCUCAGCUGGAAGAAGAGGGUGGAGAUCUGCAUUGGGGCAGCACGGGGGCUACACUACCUGCACACCGGCUUCGCGAAGUCGAUCAUCCACCGUGACGUCAAGUCGGCCAACAUCCUCCUCGACGAGAACCUCAUGGCCAAGGUCUCCGAUUUCGGUCUGUCGAAGAUGGGGCCUGAGCUGGACCAGACGCAUGUGAGCACGGCGGUGAAGGGGAGUUUCGGGUACCUGGACCCCGAGUACUACCGGAGGCAGAAGCUGACCGACAAGUCGGACGUGUACUCCUUCGGCGUGGUUCUGCUGGAGGUGAUCUGUGCGAGGCCGGUCAUCGACCCAUCGCUUCCGAGAGACAUGAUCAAUCUCGCGGAAUGGGCUACCAAGUGGCAGAAGAGGGGAGAGCUCAGCCAGAUCGUGGACCAGCGGAUCGCCGGGACGAUCAGGCCCGAGUCGCUGAGGAAGUACGGCGAGACGGUGGAGAAAUGCCUGGCGGAGUACGGCGUGGACCGCCCGAGUAUGGGAGAUGUCCUGUGGAAUCUGGAGUUUGUGCUUCAGCUGCAGGAGGCCGGCCCUGACAUCUCCAAUAUCGACAGCAUGAACCAGAUAUCUGAGCUCCCUACGGACGCCAGGAGGGUGGGCGCCCUGGAGAUCGGCACCGCGGACGAAAGCCACAUCAACAUCGAUUACUCUCAGAUGUCUACAAACGAUGCCUUCUCGCAGCUGAUCAACACUGAAGGAAGGUGAACUGGGCUGAAUUGUUUUUCCUUUUUCGUUUUGACAGUUGACGAAGUUGAUAAAAGCAUAUUCAGCUAGAGAAAAGAGAUGUUACAUGUAUUGUUUGUUACCUGAUGAACAACUGUACAAGUUCUGAAUUCCAUUAAGCCUUCUUUGAACGAAUUGGCAAAGCUGUUAGAAGUUGCUAUUCUUUUUUCCCCCUUCAA